AGCUGCAGCUGAAGGGCUCGUUCUUGGCGGAACAGUUCCACGCAGACUCGCGCAAUGGCUGCCCGCCGUGUCAGCGGUUUCCUGCUUUUGCUGGCCCUGGUGUUCCUCCGGGCCGUGACCUUCGUCUCCCCGGCUCCCAGCGCACGCGCGCAGCGCUCCGUGGCAGUUUUUCGCCAGGCCACAGCCACUGAUGAUACUGCGAGCAAGGUUGCCGACGUCAUUGCCGAGCAGCUGGGAGUGGAGGCGGGCAAGGUGACCAGAGAGGCAACACUGACCGAGUUGGGGGCAGAUUCCCUUGACAUUGUGGAGUCUGUGAUGGCCCUGGAGGAGGCCUUCGACGUCGAGCUGCCUGACGAGGAGACAACUUCGCUGAAGAACUGCGGUGAUGUUAUGGACCUCAUCCAGAGCAAACUCUGAGUCUGAGAAAGAGACUGAGUGCUUGCCGUGUUUUACAGAGCUUGCCCGCAAGAGGCAUUUGUCGGUACUCAUUGAGUGUCGAGUUUUCUCGGUUGAGUUUCGCAACGUGUCCGCAACGCAGACGG